CUCAUCAGAAACAUCAGUUCAGUUCUACUAUCAUAGCCUCAGUCUCACAGUUACGUAGUAAUCGGGCUCCAAUCUAUCAGGUCUCGUCCUAUCCAGCACCACGCUGAACCCGGCGCUACAGCUACAAGAAACCGCACCAUCACUUAACAGCUUACCUUCAUCAAAAGUCACCUUGACCGACAACUAGGCCGGACCGCUAGGAUGCCGGCUCCCAUCCUCCUUCCACCUUCCUUUCAGAAUAGUUUCUGGUCUCAAGAUGACUUUCGAACCGGAAUGGAAGUCUUGUUCGGGAAGCUAGAGCAAGGAUGCCUUGAGAAUCAGGAGGUCAUCACGUUCAUCAAGGCACAAGCGGCCGCCCAUCACUCGCUCGCGGAAUCCUUGUCCACGUCCCGAUCAUACCCCACCUUCACUUCUUCCCUCUCGACCGGUCUUUCCGCCUCCCUAGCUCAAUCUUUCGCCCACCUUCAAACUUUGUCUCAGCGACAAGCCUCGCAACAUGCGUCUAUCGCCGAUGAUCUCGAAAGGAGGGUUCUCGAGGGGUUCAUCAGGUGGGCGAACGUGCACGAGAUGAGGACGAGGAUGGCCAGUCAAGAGGUACUCGGGUAUGUACCCAAGCCGUUUGAGGAGAGGGGAAGUGGGAAGAACAAGGGAGAGGGAAGUCUGGUAGGGGAUUAUGGCAAGUUGGUGUUAGAGGUGGCCAAGCUGCGUCAGACGUACCUGGUCAAGGCCAAUCAUGCGGACGACCUGGAAGAGGAGGCCCGCUUCCACACCACCAUUGCUUCGCCCAAGAAGGACACCUUUACCCCAGAACCUCGUCCAUCUUCACCCCGACUUCAAGCUCUUGCCAGCCCCCGUUCCUCUCAAUUCUCUUCCUCGGCCUCUACGGGCUCUGGACUGAAGAGGACAGGCACCGUUGCAGAGAGGAUCAGCGAAAAGCUGAGACUGGCCAGCGUAAGCAGAUCUGCUGCGGCCAUGGAAUCGAUGAUGAUCAAGGAAGAAUCGGAACCCCGGCCCGAGUCUAGUAACGGGACCGGGGAGAAGCUCUUACCCGCUCCUCCUAUGCACAACGAUCCUCCCGCAAGGCCUAAAUCGGUGAACGGGAUCGUUACCUCUGGCCUGACCUCGACGGAUCCGUCAGCCCCGUUACUACUGGCCGGAUUGAGCCUGCCUCUCCCUGGGCUUGUCGCUAUCCUGACGGACUUUGCACGACACUUGAGUUUGACCCUACCGCCUACUCCGAUCGGAGAGAAGGGAAAAGCCAAGGGAGACGAAGGAGAGCUUAGAAGUAGGACGAGGACGACGAUAUUCGGAACUUUUGACGAAUCGUUCUCUGGCGCCGAGCUUGUCGACUGGUUGUUGAGCAAGCUGGAAGGAUUCGCUGGUCAGAUGAACCGGGCUGAAGAGGCUGGUUCCGAGCUCCUGCGGUGGGGUCUUAUCGGUCGAAUCGGUGUUGGAAGAGGUUGGGAGGCAGGUGACGAGACAUUUUACGUGCUGAAGGAUUCCGCUACGGAAGAUUCUCCUUUUGCGAUUGAAGCGCUUCGAAACCAUAUCCAUGCGCUCACAGCUACUGUUCGUGGUGUCAGCGGUCCUGCUGCCGUCAGUGACAAUGCGCCUCCGUCUCCCUCUAAAGGCGCAAGCCCAUCUGUGCCAACUCUCGCGACCGCCAGUUCGAUGCUCCAGAACUACCUUCCGCAAGCUUUGAAGAAUGCUUCUAUGAACGGUGAAGCUGGUCACGUCAAGGCGAGGCGGGAGGCAAAAGCCGCUGAUGAAGAAUACAGGGAAGCUCUCGGCGAGCUGGAAGAUAUGCGUCUUGGUAUCGAGGCCAGGUUGGAGUCGGGAAUGGGGCAAUGGGAAGGCUGGGAACGUGAAAGGCUCAAGGCGGUCAAGACGGUCCUUUCGCAAUACGAGAUGGUUGUCGCUCAGAUUCCCAAGAGGUUGCAUGAAGUCUCGACUGGUGUCAAGGUCGCUGUUGAGGCGUACAAACCGGAAGCAGACCUGCUUGCGCUCAUCGAGGGCAGUCGCACUGGAAAUUUCCGACCCAAAGCACACAUCUACGAUAGUCUCGAUUCCGAUGAUUAUGACGUUACUUUCGGUAUCGAUCUGCGGAAGUGGGGUGGUCAGCAGGGCUGGAAGGCGAUCAUGCGGAAAGAAGCGACCGAGGGAUCUCCAAGAGAAUCGAUCCCGCACGUCUUGACUGCUCUCUUACAAGGGCUUGAAGAGAAGUAUAACGAUGUCUCGGACGAAGUUCGCCGGAAAUCCUGGUUGUAUCUCGUCUCGCUGGGCGAGGUUCAUCCAUUGAGAGAGUUGAUUAACGACCCUCACGUACCGACACAAGAGAUGAUCAAGGAAGUCAAGAAGUUUAACCCUCCUGUGAUUGCUGCUACCAUCAAGCUGUGGCUUCUCGAACUCUCGCCCCCAAUACUUGGAUACGACUGUUACGAGUCAAUGAAGACCUUUUACAAAAAGGGCGACGAACGGAACUCCUCAACCGAGGAUGCUCCGCAACCCUUGGUUGACAUGCUGGCCAAACUGUCCAGCCCCCAAAUUUUGGUUCUUGACGCCAUUCUCGCACACUUCAACGCAUUGAUCACGAACACGAAGACGGAAGAAUCUAACGAUGCCUAUAUCACGAAGCUCUCUCUAUCUGUUGGUAGACACUUCUUGCGACCUCAGGUAGAGACUGUACACACGCUUCAGGACCAUACUCCAUCUCGGCUCUUCGGCGAGCUCUUGCGAAAGAGACACCAGCUCUUGCCAAGUCUGGUCGAGCGAGCUCGCAAGACAUUGGACAGGCCCAUGCCGCAACGCAAGGCUACUCGUCCUGUGGAUCAACGUAUAUCGAGGUCCAAAUUAAGCGUUUCAGGAGAAGAUGGCAGAGAAAUACUGCGAGGUCAAGUUCCGCGAACGCCUUCUAGAUCUUCGAUACCUUCUGUUCACGGGCGGGAAGGAUCGAGCUUGGGCAGCCAUGAGGAAGAGGUCCAGACUCCCCAGGAUCCCGUGAUCACUCAAGAAGCCGGACGAACGAUUACAGAUCAAGAAGACUUCCAGGCCGCGGCUCUUGCGAGCCCAAUAGCCACUUCAAUGGUCGAUGAUCAGAAGUCGAGCUAUGCACCAACCGCGGAGCCCGAAUCGAUGCCCGCCGAGCCCUUCAAACAAGCUACUGCUACUCCUAUCGAAGUGCAAGCUACUCCAGCUCAAGAAGUAGCCUCCGAGAGUCAAGCGGCACCUGUCGGCCCAGAGGUGGAAACUGACGCUGCAGACGUUGUCUUGUCGCUCGAUGGGGAACGUAACGGGUUCGCCGGAAGCGGUGCUCGGUUGUCCAGGAAGCGACCCGUCAGCAAGGAUCUCGACCAGCCUAUUCAGGAAGGAGAUAGCACUUUGAGACGAACAGGAUCUGGCGAGACUAGCAAGGUUCGCGGUCCACGUCUCGCCACGCGGGGUCCGCGACCAGUGCCGAGCAAGAUCGUCGCUGAGCUCAGCUCGCCUACUUCCCCACGACCUUCUUCUCCGAGCAUUCGCGAUCGCAUUGCCAAUUUGGAGAACAAGGCGAACAGCGGAGGAGACAGGUUUGUCUAGAAACCUUGAGGCAGAUCUAAUCAUCACGAGAAACCAUUCCCUUGUCCAGUCACGUCAUACGAAGCGAAUAACGAACAGGGCGAUGAGCUCGAUAUCAGGCUGUUAUACAAUUGUAGAACACAUCAUGAAGACCGAAACUAU